CACUCGCUCCGCUUUGUGUUUGUUACUUGAAAGGGGAACCUCCAGUCCUCGCUUCCAUUCGAUUCCAUUCGAUCCGAUCCGCCCACCUCAGUUCGUCGUCGGCGGUGUUCUCAGUGUUAUACCCUCUCCAUAGUCAACCCAUUGGGCUUGGAUCGUUACCAUGCGGCAUCUGUUGCUUCUGGCCGUAGUUUAUGUGGCUCUGGUUUUGGCCAAGCCGGCGACGGAGGCGCCUCGUCUGCUCAUCGACUCGGCGCCAUCGGUGGUCUCCUACCAGGGCUCCUCGCAGGCCCAGACCCGCUUCGUCAUCGCGCCCAUGGGCCGAUCAUUGGGCUACGUGGAGCCCACCAACCUCAAUCGAACCUUUCACACGAAGGCAACACAGGAGGGAGGAGCCACCGGCUACGAGCAGCUCAAUCUGAGUCCGGUCUACGUGCCGGGUAGCUAGGCAAUGGAAUCGCAUAGUUUUAGUUAGUUAAAUGUGUAAAUAAAGGC